CUCAUUCCGUAGAGCUGCCUUCACUGCCCACGCACACGACCCUGCAGCUUCGGUCACUGUUGUGUGUGUGUGUGUCUUCUGGCCUGGGUGGGAGGACGACGUGUGGAUCGAGGAGGCGGGGGGGAAACCGGUUUACGUGUGGAACGUGCCUAUCGUCAAGACCGCUUUCCAUCAUUCGUGGAUUUAAGGACGCGUCCACGCGUUUUUUUUUGUGUGUGUGUGUGUGUGUGUCUUUUUUUUUAAAGGACCGUGAAGUAAACAGAAGAGCAGCUAGCUUGACUAUCCAUGAGCCCUGAUUUCCCUCACUACAGUAUCAGGAUGCCAAAUAUAGGGUUUCAGAACCUGCCCCUUAAUAUCUACAUUGUUGUGUUUGGGACGGCUAUCUUUGUCUUCAUCCUAAGCCUCCUCUUCUGCUGCUACCUAAUAAGGUUACGACACCAGGCACACAAAGAGCUCUAUGCAUACAAACAAGUCAUUCAGAAGGAAAAGGUCAAAGAGUUAAAUUUGCAUGAGAUAUGUGCGGUGUGCUUGGAGGAGUUCAAACAGAAAGACGAGUUGGGGAUUUGUCCGUGCAAACACGCAUUUCAUAGAAAGUGCCUCAUUAAGUGGCUGGAGGUGAGGAAGGUGUGCCCGCUGUGCAACAUGCCCGUCUUACAGCUGGCCCAGCAGGCCGGCACCACAGAAGCGCCUGUGCCAAUCCAGCAGCCUCUGCCAAUCCAGCAGCCUCUGCCCGGCAUCGAAAACCUGGUGUAGUAGACUGCAAGCCAAGAUGAUGGUGACAUGAUACACACACGUACAUGAACACUGACAGCUGUACAGGUCCACUUUGUUGGGACAAACACUUGAGCCAACUUCUCUUAAUCUUCACACCGGCUCAUAGAAGGAUUUUUCUCAUACCCGCUCCGACUGGACUUACUUUUCUUUCUCUUCAUGGACAUGGACAGGAAAGUUGAUGUUUUUUUCCCCCCGCCCACUCAACAACAUCACACAUGGUCUUCUCACAACCAAAGAACUUUUUUGAGGGACGCCACUUGAAGAGCAGAAAAGAAGAAAAGCAACAGCCAUGAGCUAAAAUACAUAAUACAUACAUUUUGUAUUUUAUUUUAUUGUAUAUUAUUUUAUUUUAAUAAGCACUUUACGAGAAAUCAAGAGUUAAUUGCUUGUCGUAGCAAGGUAUUUUUUUUUUAAAUAUCUUAUUAGCUAUUACUUCCGUCUUCAACAUUUAGCCACCUGUAAACACUGACUGCUAUGAUAAGAAAUCUUACAAGGGACAAACUAACACUUGCUUUGAAGAAAACUCAUCUCGGGAACUUAAAGGGGACCUAUGAUAUUUCUCAUCCACAUUAAAAACACUAACCUGUCUAACGGAGGAAUCUUUGGACACCUCACGAUUCAAUUCAGAAUCGAUUCUCUAUUCCACACGAUUUUUGAUUCAAACCGAUUAUCGCCAUGUAUCAUUUGGUACAGUAAUUAUAAUAAAACCUUUUCAAAACAGGUUACAGGUUACAAAACUUUCUUUUGGUUGCUGACUAACUAUUAUACGCGUAGCAAGUAAUCAUGAAGAUGGCCUAAAAGAUAUAUUUUUAAUAAUUGGUUUUAAAAAAAUGGUUAUUAAUUAAAAAAAAUGAUUUAGGAAAAUUCUAAAUCAAUUCCUUCAUAAAAUAGAUAAACCGCUGUGAUAAAUGUAAAAAUUGCUUAAAAGAAAAUUGGUUUUGUUUAGUGAAAUUCUACCCAUCCAUCCAUCCAUUUUCUGCGGCUUAUUCCCUUUUGGGGUCGCGGGGGCCACUGGUGCCUAUCUCAGCUACAAUCGGGCGGAAGGCGGCGUACACCCUGGACAAGUCGCCCCCUCAUCGCAAACAUUUAAUAAAUUCAAAUACAAAUGAAGCAACAAACAAACUAUCUCAGACUUCUCUUUUCUAAAGUAAAUUUGUACAUCUACACCAGGGGUCGGCAACCCAAAAUGUUGAAAGAGCCAUAUUGGACCAAAAAUACAAAAACAAAUCUGUCUGAAGCCGCAAAAAAUUAAAAGCCAUGUUACAUACAGAUAGUGUGUCAUGAGAUAUCAAUUGAAUUAUGAGGACUUAAAUGAAACUAAAUUAGCUCAAAAAUAGCUACGAAUGAGGCAUAAUGAUGCAAUAUGUACAUACAGCUAGCCGAAAUAGCAUGUUAGCAUCGAUUAGCUUGCCGUCAUGCAGUGACCAAAUUCAGCUGAUUAGCACUCCACACAAGUCAAUAACAUCAACAAAACUCACCUUUCUGCAUUCAUGCACCACGUUAAGUUUGGUGGGCAAAAUGAGACAGAAAAAGAAGUGGAAUAAAACACGUCCUAGAAAGUCGGAGAAUGUUAUACAUGUAAACAUACUACGGUGAGUUCAUGGACCGCCAAAAUUAGUCGGACAAAACAGUGCUCUCCAAAUACUCGAAUCAGUGAAGCAUGUUUAAUAUAAACUGUGUGCUUUAUAACAAUUAGGGAGGUUUGUGUCAUGUUUUCCUCCUAAAGAAACCUUAUUAAUACAAAAAAUAUGUUUUUUUCCCCCUCAUCUUUUUCCAUUUUUCAUACAUUUUUGAAAAAGCUCCAGGGAGCCACUAGGGCGGCGAUAAAGAGCCGCGGGUUGCCGACCACUUAUCUACACCAACAAUGUGAGUUGCCUGAGUUGCUGGACAGGACAGAUUAAAAAAGAAAACACUUUUUAAAUUGAUUUAAUUAGUUUUUUUUUAAUUGAUUAAGAAUCAUUACAAAAAAGAUUUGCGAUUCAUUCGAAAAUCUCUUUAUUUUUUGACACCUGUCGUACGCACACAGGCGUAUUUGGCUCGAUUUAAAAGUUUGUGGAUCAAAAAGUUCGCUAAUAAAGAGGUCUUUUUAGUAACAGUUUUGCUGCCAGUCCAAAUUUGUUCUAGUCAAUGUGUGAGGUCACAAAUGGCCCGGUUUAAAAAACGCAUCAAAAACCGCACAAAUGCACGAAAGGUAUGAUUUUGGCCUCGUUUAACACAGCUAUGCUACAUUGUAGCAUUGAGAAAAUCAUUAUAGGUCCCCUUUAAACUAAUUUUUGACGUGAAUGAAUGACACACAACCAGCUUCAUCUGUUCAUUUUUAUUUAUUUUUAUUUUUUUAACUAUUGUACUUCCUCAUACAGUCGCUUUUAUUUUCUCAACAUCCGGGUGAACCACGGGUUUUUUUUCUUGAAAUCAUUCAUUCCGAGUAGCUGCAUUCUCUCUACGCAGCAGCACAUUGUCAAACUCCACUGUGAACUCCAGCUUUACAGAUUCCACGUCUGCUCUGUUUUGUCUGUUUGAGGUGCUUGGUUUAGUUAGUCAGAUGGACCACGCGCCGGGCGAUUAUCCAGGGCGUGGCGUCUGUUAAAGCGGUGGCCACGCUUUGAGGACAUACACUAUGUCUUUUGAUUGAGUGACUUAAUUACGUCAUCUGACUGCUUUAAAAAUAGCAUCAGCGCAGUCAGAAGCACAAUUUUCACUUACAAGUUGAUAUAAUGUGAAUAUUUAAACCAGUAUUAAAGAUGACCUCGGGUUUAAGAAACACUAAAAAAAAAAAUUGGGAUGUGCUUCAAGCCAUAAAUGAGACCUGCUUACCAACUAAACAUGUAUUCAGAGUGUAAUUUAGUUGUUAAUUUCUCCCGUCCAAAGGCAAAACCUAGUAACUCACUUCUAGCUGAUUUUCAGAAAACAAAGGAAAACCAAUCUAUCUUGAUGCUGUCUUACAAAGAUCUACAAAGUCAUCAAACGUAUAGAUGUCUUCUUGAGCUUUCAUUUUCUUGCCGAUUGAGCCAUGGAUUGAAUCUGCUCUCAUGAACGUGUGCCCUUUCUCCAGAUAUUUGGUCACAAUCUCGGGUGGGCCCCAUUCUGCGUUUGCACAUUGGGCAGCGUCCAGUUUUUAUUUUGACCUCCACAGUUAUCUGCCCAAAAGAGUGUACAAGGGGAAAAUCAAGAACAAUACAUUUAAUGAAGUUGCUUGCAACGUCCUGGGCCAAUCUUCCAAAUAUCCCCUCGUGCCAUAAUAUCAUAUAAUCAGGUUGACCGUCGGCCCUCAUUCGUGCAAAUGUCUCAUUAAAGACAAUAAGGCGACUGACAAAGAAGCUCCGAUUGGUCCCUUGAGAUACUAGGUUUUUCUGUUGUACCUACGCGGUUACGUGGUAGUUGCUAGGUCCUGCCAUGCGCGGAACAGCUUACUUGCGGAACAAAUUACAAUAUCGCAUACACUAAUGUAAAACAUAUCACCUAGGAACUCCAAAAUUAUUAUCAGCUCAGUUUUGACCAAAAUUGAAUUACUGGGUUUUGCCUUUGGACGGGAGAUUUAUAGUCAAUUACUUUGGUACAUGUGCACCCAAUGAGUGAAUUAACGCUAAGACGACCUCUGCUUGAGUCAGCGCCCACUGGUUAUAAUGAAGCAGCAUUUCCAUUCACACACGCACACACACACACACACACCACGCACGGACUCGUUCCUCUUUUAAAGGGUGCAGCAUUCUGGAGUGUUCGCCUCUCGCUCUCUUUCUCUAUGGUACUUUUUGUUUGGGCCUCUAUGCGCUGCUUUUUGUUUUGUUUGCUUAGUUGCUCUCACGAAAAGUGCUGACCUGUUAUGCGAGCAGACACAUUUCAGCAACAACAACAAAUACACAGUAUUAAAAGCCUGUAUGAAAGGCCUACUGAAAUUAGAUUUUCUUAUUUAAACGGGAAUAGCAGGUCCAUUCUAUGUGUCAUACUUGAUCAUUUCACGAUAUUGCCAUAUUUUUGCUGAAAGGAUUUAGUAGAGAACAUCGACGAUAAAGUUUGCAACUUUUGGUCGCUAAUAGAAAAGCCCUGCCUUUACCGGAAGUAUGUGCGCGUGACGUCACGAGUUGCAGGGCUCCACACAUAUUCACAUUGUUUUUAAUGGGAGCCACCAGCAGUAAGAGCAAUUCGGACCAAGAAAGCAACAAUUACCCCAUUAAUUUGAGCGAGGAUGAAAGAUUUGUGAAUUAGGAUAUUGAUAGUGAAGUAUUUAC